CGCGUGUGUCGCGGGAAGCUUUCCCUCGUGUGCGCAGCCCCGAUAGUCCGCGGCAGCAUCAUCAUCAGACGCGUCACGGCGUCCGAAAGUCAAAGGUCUCGGGGCGCGAAAAUCCUUGUAUAUCGUCGCGCGAGAUGGAACGCCGCGAGAAGAGGAAAAUGCCGAGGGCUAAGCAACAGCGCGUUCGAGUGAUUUGCAAUUCAGUGCCGGUGCUUGCCUGGGGCUUCCUCUUGUUGUUCACGAUUUUCAAACUACUCGUCGACAGCCUUGUCGUCGCUGCUCAGGACCUGCCGACAAUGAGGGUGUACAACGUGGGUGUGCUGAUGGCCUCGCACUUGGACAGUCCUUUUGAUCUCGAGCGUUGCGGCCCGGCAGUGGAUCUCGCGCUCGCCGAAGUCAAUGAAUUCCUCGCAGUACAUAGCGUCCAGUUGCGCAAGGUCCAGGGCAGCUACCCGCAUUGCAGCGGCGCCACAGCGCCAGGACUGGCAGCGGACAUGCAUUUCCGAGACAAUGCUAUCGCCUACGUUGGACCGGCUUGUGCUUUUGCUCUGGAGCCGGUCGCGAGAUUAGCCGCCUACUGGAACACACCCAUAAUCACCGGGAUGGGAGAUCAGCCGCCAUCCGAAGGCGAGAUGUCGGUGACGUCCGGAAUCCUGGGCAGGCUUCACAAAUGGAAAAACGAAUCGUCGGGAAUAUUCAAAGACAAGAGCAAAUAUCCAACACUUACGCGCAUGUCGUACUGUCAGUGCCGCCUAAAGCUCGUCUUCUCCAGUAUAUUCAAAGAGUUCGGCUGGUCCCACGUCGCCCUCAUCCUCGACAGAUCCGACCUGUUCUCCCUGACGGUCGGAAAGAACCUCGAGUACGGCCUCAGGAAAGAAGGCCUGCUGAAAUUCGUUCGCGAACUCGACGGCAAUUCCGACGACGAGCCCUAUCACUUUUAUCUGCGGGACGCCAGCAUGUACGCCAGGGUGGUAAUAUUGAGCGUUAGGGGAACUCUCGUGAGGAGAUUUAUGCUGGCUGCGCAUCGAUUGGACAUGACGAGGGGAGAUUGGACGUUCCUCGACGUGGAGAUAUUUCAGGGAUCUUACUGGGGCGAUCACGACUGGGAAAUAGGAGACGAGGACGACGGCGCAGCGAGAAAAGCCUACGAAGCUCUCCUGAGAGUUUCCCUUCUGCAGCCGACUAGUCCGAGAUUUCAGGACUUUGCUGACAGCGUCAGGCAGAGAGCUCAGUCCGACUACAACUACACGUUUUCCGAGGGCGAAGAGGUGAACUUUUUCAUCGGCGCCUUCUACGACGGUGUGUACCUGCUGGGGAUGGCCUUGAACGAGACCCUGUCCGAGGGUGGGGACAUCAGGGAUGGAUUGGCCAUCACGAGACGCAUGUGGGACAGGGACUUUAUCGGCAUCACCGGACACGUGCGCAUCGACGACAACGGUGACCGCGACGCCGACUAUAGCAUUUUAGAUCUUGAUCCCAUCACGGGCAAGUUCGAGGUAGUAGCGCACUACUUGGGCUUGAACCGCGAGUAUAGCCCAGUGCCAGGCAAGAAAAUCCACUGGCCGGGUGGCCGAGAAGGACCACCGCCGGACAUACCGGAGUGCGGCUUUUUGGGCAAUGAGCCGGGCUGUUCGUCCAGAACGGAAGCUUACACGUUCGUCGCUUACUCCAGCCUUACGUUGGCCGUCCUCCUUCUGGCCACAGCCGCUGCCGCUUGCGUGCUAUACAGACACAUGCGACUGUCGGCUGACUUGAACAACAUGUCCUGGCGCAUAAGACCGGAGGAAUUGCUUCUGGAAGUCGGUCGGCCCUUUUCUUCGAAGAUGAACCUUCAGCAGGCUAUGACCGAAAAUUUCGGACUUGAGCAGAGGAUGAGACGGGGAUCGCAGGCGAGCUGCGAGUCGUUGCCGCCGACGACGGUUUUCACCACUGUGGGCAUUUACAAAGGCGAGAGGGUGGCUAUUAAAAAGGUUACCAAGAAGAAGGUCGUCGACGUGACGAAAAAGCUUCUAUGGGAGAUCAAGCAAGUCAGGGAUGUUACUUCUGAGAACACUGUGAGAUUCAUCGGCGCCUGUCUGUGCUCUCCUUCGCCAACGGUACUGAUAUUGACCGAGUACUGUCCCAAGGGCUCUCUCAAAGAUGUUCUGGAGAACGAGGCCAUCAAGCUCGACUGGAACUUUCGCAUGUCUCUGAUUCACGACAUAGCCAAGGGUAUGGCGUAUCUUCACGCAAGUGACGUAUCCGCACACGGAAAGCUGCGCUCGUGCAAUUGCCUGAUCGACGGGCGAUUUGUCUUGAAGAUUUCCGACUUUGGCUUGAAAACUCUGACGACGCCCUCGGAUUUGUUAAUGGAUGAAACGUAUUACACAAAACUACUUUGGGUCGCUCCUGAAUUAGUUCCUCUGACGGUGACUCCAGGCAGUGUCGCAACGCAAAAAGGAGACGUUUAUAGCUUCGCGAUUAUACUCGAGGAAAUCGUCAUACGAGGCGGACCUUACGAAGUCGCGAGAACUUACAUGAGUUCGCAAGAGAUAGUAAAUAGAGUCGCGGCAUCGGAGUCUCCGCCGUUUCGCCCUGAAGUUGCGCAGAAAGAGUAUCCAGCUGAUAUUUUAUCACUGAUGGAGAAGUGUUGGAACGAAGUACCUGAAGAGAGGCCUACUUUUCACGCUGUGCGAGGAACCAUACGCGGAAUCAUGAAAGGUUACUGCGAAAAUUUAAUGGACGACCUUUUGCGAAGAAUGGAGCAAUACGCUAAUAAUUUAGAGGCUUUAGUCGAAGAAAAAACUGAACAACUCAGCUUGGAAAAGCGCAGAAGCGAGGAACUUCUGUAUCAAGUAUUACCACGACAAGUGGCUUGUCAAUUAAUGGCAGGAGAGAUGGUACAACCCGAGCAAUUCGAAUGCGUGACCAUUUACUUCAGCGAUAUAGUGGGCUUUACGGCACUUUGCGCGAAAAGCACGCCGAUGGAGGUCGUGGAUUUUUUGAACGACUUGUACAGUACAUUUGACCGCAUUAUUGGUUUCUACGAUGUUUACAAGGUGGAAACUAUAGGCGACGCUUACAUGGUGGUUUCGGGCUUGCCCGAACGCAACGGCGACGAGCACUCCAAAGAGAUAGCCCUGAUGGCCCUGGCUAUCCUGGAUGCAGUCAAAUCGUUCACGAUAAUACACAAACAGGACGCACAGCUGAGCGUGCGGAUAGGCGUUCAUAGUGGCCCUGUAUGCGCGGGUGUCGUCGGGCAGAAAAUGCCACACUAUUGUCUCUUUGGCGACACCGUCAACACGGCCUCUAGGAUGGAAUCGUCCGGUUUACCUUUAAGAAUCCACGUGUCACGAGCAACAAAGGAUAUCCUCGACAAGUACGGUACGUUCGAUCUCGAGUUGAGAGGCGACGUUGAGCUUAAAGGCAAGGGAAAAGUGACGACUUUCUGGCUGACGGGUUGCUCGGAACCAGAUCCACGACCACCUACUCCCAAGCAUCGGCGACACAGUACAAGUUUACAAGAGAACAGCACUACCCUCAAUCCCUUGAUCUUUCCGCCAAACAAUGUCAACGGACCUAAACCACUUAAUAAUACAUUUAUCAAUUUGUCAGAGCUGUAAAUGUAAUCUAUUAUGAUAUCUUUCUCCUGAUGAGUACAAAGUUAAGAGAUUUUUUAAGUUUAAAAAAUGACUUAUAAUAAGUAAAAGAAUUAUUGUUUUGAAAAAACUUAAGAAAUUGACGUUUUCCACUAUCUGAUUGUAUGUAAAAGUAUUAUAUAAAUGUAAUUAA